AUGUUGUCUAGAGUUUUGAGAACCAAGGGUUCACUCCAAGUGGCCAAACAAUCAUUAGCCUUGCAAGCCAUCAGAUCAAAAUCCGUCAUUUCAUUAUCUUCAACCCUCACCUCAUACCCAAAAGACCACACUGAGAGUGGUGCUGAACCAUACUUGACCCCAAGUUUCCUCAAUAAUGAGUUUAUCAAGUCUGAGUCGACUGAAUGGUUUGAUAUUCAUGAUCCCGCCACCAACAAUGUUGUUUCCAAAGUGCCACAAUCUACUGAAAGCGAGUUGGAUGAGGCUAUUGCAAGUGCCCACAAGGCUUUCCCUGGUUGGAGAGACACCAGCAUCAUCAAGAGACAAGGUAUUGCUUUUAAAUUUGCUGCUUUGUUGAGAGAAAACAUGGACCGUUUGGCUAGUAUGAUUGUUUUGGAACAAGGUAAGACUUUUGCUGAUGCGCAAGGUGAUGUUCUUAGAGGAUUGCAAGUUGCCGAACAGGCUUGUAACAUCACCAAUGACUUGAAAGGAGAAACUUUGGAAGUUAGUACUGAUAUGGAGACCAAGAUGAUUAGAGAACCAUUGGGUGUUAUUGGUUCCAUUUGUCCUUUCAACUUCCCAGCUAUGGUUCCAUUGUGGUCAUUGCCUUUAGUGUUGGUCACUGGUAACACUGCUGUUAUCAAGCCAUCGGAAAGAGUUCCAGGUGCUGCUAUGAUCAUUUGUGAAUUGGCUGCUGAAGCUGGUGUUCCUCCAGGUGUCAUCAAUAUUGUCCAUGGUAAACACGCCACCGUUAACAAAUUGAUUGAGGAUCCAAGAAUUAAAGCAUUGACAUUUGUUGGUGGUGACAAGGCUGGUAAAUACAUUUACGAAAAGGGUUCUGCUUUGGGUAAGAGAGUCCAAGCUAACUUGGGUGCCAAGAACCACUUGGUUGUUUUGCCAGAUGCUCCAAAGCAACAAUUUAUCAAUGCAUUGAAUGGUGCCGCUUUUGGUGCUGCUGGUCAAAGAUGUAUGGCCAUUAGUGUUUUGGUUACAGUUGGUAAAACCAAGGAAUGGAUCCAGGACAUUGUUAAGGACGCUAGCAAGUUGGUUACUGGAUCUGGUUUUGACAAGUCAUCCGACUUGGGUCCAUUGGUUAACCCAGAAUCUUUGAAGAGAGCAGAAGAGAUUAUUGAAGAAUCAGUUGCCAGUGGUGCCAAAUUGGAAUUGGAUGGUAGAGGAUACAAACCAAAGGACGCCAAAUUUGCCAACGGUAACUUUUUGGCUCCAACGAUUUUGACCAAUGUCAAGCCAGGUAUCAGGGCUUAUGAUGAGGAGAUUUUUGCCCCAGUCCUUUCAAUUGUUAAUGUUGAUACUAUCGACGAAGCUAUUGAAUUGAUUAACGCAAACAAGUACGGAAACGGUGUUUCCAUUUUCACUUCAAACGGAGGAUCCGCACAAUAUUUCACAAAGAGAAUUGACGUUGGACAAGUUGGUGUCAAUAUUCCAAUCCCAGUUCCAUUGCCAAUGUUUUCAUUUACUGGAUCCAGAGGAUCAUUCUUGGGUGACUUGAACUUUUACGGAAAGGCUGGUAUCACUUUCUUGACUAAACCAAAGACUAUUACUGCUGCUUGGAAGGUGAAUACUAUUGACGAAGAAAUUUUGAAACCAUCUACUUCCAUGCCAAUUCAACAAUAA